AUGUCUGAUAUUUCCGGAGAAAACCAGCAAGCUGCUGAUUCUGGACUAGAAAAUUCCGUGGAAAUGUCCCAAUCCGGAGGACCAUCAUUAUCCGUGCAAAUGCAAGAAAAUAUAAACAAAAUGACAGAAUUGGUGGCAGAAUUGCAUCAGGAGAAGCCCAAAAUUGAGGGUCUUCAGCAGCAGGAGGAGCAAAACAACAACAACGACGAAGCUGUCGUCCAGCAGCUGGAAUUCAGCAAAGAACGCGAUAGCAUCCUAUUGCAACUGCAGGAGGAGAUGUGCAACUACGCCACCAUUCAGUCCAAGUUCCAGGAGCACGAGCAAUCGAUGGAGCUGAUUGUUAAGGAGCUGCAGCAGCAGAUGUUCGAUCUGGAGAAGGAGCGAGAUGAUCUCAAGGAGGCGCUGGCCGUCAAGGAAAUGGUCGGAUUGGAUGAACUCGAGCAGCUGGACGUCGAGCUAGAAGACAUAAGCAGGGAGGUGAAUGAUCUAAACAAUCAGGUGUACAGAAUGACAGAGGCCACCAUAUGCCCCCUCUGUCUCGCCCCAUGGGCGUCUGAAGGGGACCAUCGCGUGGUAACCCUCCGCUGCGGACACCUCUUUGGGGACAGUUGCCUCCGCGAAUGUAUCCAACGCAAUGGCCGUUGCCCCAUUUGUAGGAAGAGAUCGUAUCAAAAUGAGGUUCGCAACAUCUAUUAUGGUCAAUCCUAUUAA